AUGGGUGUCUCCCGUGCAAUAAGAUGGCCGUCAUUUAAAGGAGGGAGGGGUACUCGGAGGUCCUUGCACCAAUGCAAUGCGACCAUCAUUCCAUUCCAGGCAUCUACAAUACAUUCACACACGCUGGCUCUUUGCAAAGCUACACUUGAUCAUCUCCAAGUCCUUCGCAGCAAGGACAGCAUCCUUGCUACGAUGGCGACUCAGGAGGAUCUCGCAGCCCUCUUCUCCCGCAACUUGAAUCUUCACAAUAACACAUACGUUGCUCCUCAACCGGAACCCUUGCCGGCAGAAGAGCCCAUCACAUACUCGAUCUCCCAGCAUUAUCACCACUCUGCUCACGUCGUUGCACAACAGCCCUCUCGACCAGCCUCCGAACCACCGCAGACCGACCAACUCACGACAGAGAUCAUUCUUUCUAGACAUGGGGUAGAUGCGAACGCUCUCUUUCCAUCACAGAUCGAUCUCUUCAAGACCGCAGACCCAAGCCAACAAAUGCGACUGGUCGAGCUUUGGAGAAUUUGCCCACCCGACUACAGCGGACAUGCUUUAGCUCAUGAUAUUGGCAACUGGCCCACCACGUCUUUCCAGCAGGAAGAAGCCAUGGCGAAGCUACGAUAUGAGCGUCAGAUAAUGGAGGAACGCAUGUCUCGGGCGGGUGGAGAUAUGCAGAGUAUGGACAGCGACAACAUGAGCGACUCCAGCGCCACCAUGCCCAUGACACCCAUUCAGGGCGGGGAUGGACGCUGGCCCGGCAACUCGCAGAAUGCAGAACCAUACAUGGCGUCUGGCUAUGAGACGCUUGCUGCCCGGGAAUACGAGGCAUCUGCACGUCCUUCAAAGGACGUCUAUUCGCACUUCGGCACGGAAGUCGGCGGGCCCACCUACACUCCUGCGACAGAUCCAGUCUACAAGACGGUAGAAGAUAUGCACAAAUACCCCAACGUUGGUGGUGACUGGGAGUCGCUGCUGCAACAACGACAGAUGGCGAUGGAGAAUCAGUACGGAGCAUUUGAGCAGCAGUUCCAGCACAACGCAGAAGGAUUCACGGUAGCAGAGGAUGAGGAAAUGUUGUAG